AUGGUGCACAUGGAUCGCAUGCUCGACAUUUUCAUAGGCGCUACCGGAGUAGAUACCUUCUUUGUGUUGUCCUCGUUCCUGCUGACCAUGAUAUUUAUGAAAAAGAGUAUCAAGAUGAUCACAGAUAACGUGUCGUACCGCAAGUGGGGAUACGCACUGGCCGAUUACUUUUCGAGACGCUUCUUUCGUGUGUACCCUUUGUUUGUGCUGGUGUCCAUUACGUUGUGGAUCAUGCCGUCCGAGUACAAGCACCGUUAUUACUUGAAAAAUAAUCAGGAUUUCAACCUCUUUCUGAUGCUCACUUUUCACCCAGAUCAUCGGUACUUUUUGUUGUGGACGCUACCGUUGGAGAUAUCAUAUUACUUCAUCUUGCCCGCGUUCGUGCUAGCCGUGCUGAAACUGGGUCGCUUCUGGUGGAUGCCAUUCAUUCCACUGUACGUAUGGGUAAUUCGUGAGGGUCUAUAUACGACUAGAAAUAACUUCCACAUCCAGCCGCUGAGUAUGCAUCUUCCAACCUUCGUCGCGGGUUCCAUGUCGGCCGUCAUUUUUGUGAAGCUCGAUACGUGGAUCAAAGCCACAAAUUUUAAGUUCCGUAAGCUGCACAUUGUCGCGCUUCGCGUCGUCGAGGCUGUUUUGAUUGCAGCGUACCUCAGCGUGGUCUUCCGUGGACUCUUUUUCAAUUGGUUGGGUACCCCACUGCCUCCGCCAACCGAAUAUACAAUGCCAUUCACGAGCGUGAAGUUAUCACUCCUUAUUGUCAUCGAGAUGAUUCAGCCGUCCAUAGUAUCGGAGAUCUUCGAGUGGGUGGUGCUACGCUACCUGGGCAAGAUCAGCUUCUCCGUGUACUUGUUGCACGUGUUCGUGUUAUACUCGCCGAGGAUUUACAAUGAAAGGAACUACUACGACAAGACCUUUAUGGUUUUCGGUCCUGUGAUUCUAUUGGCGUCGGCAUCGUACCAUCUAGUGGAGAACCCGUCACAGCAACUUGCGCAGCGACUUUCGCGUAAAUUUACCCAACUGGCAUCACGCGAACACGAGAAGGUCGCGCAACAAAGUGAUACGGGAAGAUUCGAAUGA